ACUUACCUUGUUCUCCAUCGCUCACGCACUCUUCGACACUCGUCACAACCUCGUCAUGUGGAACAACGGCGGAUACAACCAGUACGCAAACAACCCCCCUCCGCCACCCGGCGGCGGCGGCGGCUGGGGCGCGCCUCCCCCUCCUCAAGGCCACUACGACAACCGCGCGUUCCCCGGCCAGCUUGCCAACAACGGCUUCCCCGGCGCUUCGUAUGCGCCGCCGCCCGGUCCUCCGCAGCAGCAGUGGGGAGGCGGCGGCGGCGGUGGAUGGGGUGCGCCGCCUGGCCCGCCUCCGCAGCAGCAGGGAGGGUGGGGCGCUCCUCCCCCGCCGCAGCAGCAGUAUGCGCCGCCGCCUGGCGGCCCCGGAGGGUUCCAGCAGUACCCCCCGCCGCCGGGUGGUCCUCCCAUGCGUCCCCCGACCGGACAGCAGCACUACGGCCCCCAGUUUCAGGGACAGGGCGGCCCGCAGCAGCCAUUCUUCCAGUACUCGCAGUGUACCGGCAAGCGCAAGGCCCUUCUCAUCGGCAUCAACUACUUCAACCAGCAGGGCCAGCUGCGCGGGUGCAUCAACGACGUGCAGAACGUCAAGCGCUUCCUGCAGUCCAAGUACGGCUACCGCGAUGAGGACAUGGUCAUCCUCACCGACGACACGCGCAACCCGAGACAGAUGCCCACCAAGCAGAACAUGAUCCAGGCGAUGCACUGGCUCGUGCAGGGUGCCCAGCCCAACGACUCGCUCUUCUUCCACUACUCCGGUCACGGUGGUCAGACAGAGGACCUCGACGGCGACGAGGACGACGGUAUGGACGAGGUCAUCUACCCCGUCGACUUUAAGCAGGCUGGCCACAUUGUCGACGACGAGAUGCACGCCAUCAUGGUCCGCCCGCUUCCCCCUGGAUGCCGUCUCACGGCCAUCUUCGACUCGUGCCACUCGGCCACGGCCCUCGACCUGCCCUACGUCUACUCGACCGAAGGCAAGAUCAAGGAGCCUAACCUCCUCGCCGAGGCGGGCAAGGGCGUGCUCGGUGCUGGCAUGAGCUACCUCAAGGGCGACAUUGGCGGCAUGCUCUCGGGUAUUAUGGGCGCUGGCAAGCAGAUGAUGGGCGGUAACAGCAAUGCUACAAACAUUACCAAGCAGACACGUACCGCCCCCGGCGACGUUGUCAUGUGGUCGGGCUGCAAGGACUCGCAGACAUCAGCAGACACGCAGGAAGCUGGCCAGGCUACCGGUGCCAUGUCUUAUGCUUUCAUCGCUGCGCUCAACAAAAACCCUCAGCAGUCGUACCUGCAGCUUCUUCGUUCUAUUCGUGAAGAGCUGGCCGGCAAGUACCAGCAGAAGCCGCAGCUGUCGUCCUCGCACCCCAUGGACGUUAAUCUUUUGUUCAUCUGCUAGUUGCCUCGUAUGCUCCGAGUUGGUGUAUUGUACAGGUUGUUACGUUAUGCAGACACGACGGAUCGAUGAGA